CAGCAGGAUUUCACUUCUCCAGGGCUCAUCCCACAAGCAGCCGGGCUGCUCCCGGGCAGGGUAGGGGUGGCGGCACCGGCAGGAGGGAGGGAGCCCGCUGCCUGCCGUGCUGGGCGGGCCGCCCCUGAGGGGGCUUCCCUGGACUUCCACGCCAGGGCAGGGCGCUGUGACAGGCUGGAAAGCGGCCGAUCCCUGCAGCUCCCAGCCCCAGCCCGCCCCUUUCCCGGCGUGUGGGGCUCACACACACACACACACACACACCCCGCCCGGCCCUCCCCUGCGCUGCUUCCCCCGCCGCUCCUGCCCCGUGGCUCUCCCAGCCCGCUACCGCCUCCUGCCCCGCGGCCCAUCCCCCGGGACGAGCCCAAUGUCUUCUGCUCCUCUCCGCUCGCCCACCCUGCGGCCCCACAGGAUGAAGAAGGACGAGUCUUUCCUGGGCAAGCUAGGCGGGACCCUGGCGAGGAAGAAGAAAGCGAAGGAGGUGAGCGACCUGCAGGAAGAGGGCAAAAAUGCUAUCAACGCGCCAAUGUCUCCCGCCACCAUUGAUAUCCACCCUGAAGAUACCCUAUUAGAGGAAAAUGAGGAACGUACCAUGAUCGAUCCCAACUCCAAAGAAGACUCCAAGUUCAAAGAACUAAUCAAGGUUCUAAUUGACUGGAUUAACGAUGUCCUGGUGGAAGAGAGAAUCAUCGUUAAGCAGCUUGAAGAGGACCUUUAUGAUGGGCAAGUGCUGCAGAAGCUUUUGGAAAAGCUGGCUGACCGUAAACUGAAUGUGGCAGAAGUGACGCAGUCUGAAAUUGGACAGAAACAAAAGCUGCAGACAGUUCUGGAAGCUGUCCAUGAUUUACUCCGACCCCAUGGCUGGACAAUCAAGUGGAAUGUCGACUCAAUCCAUGGCAAGAACCUAAUUUCCAUUCUCCACCUUCUGGUAGCUUUGGCCAUGCAUUUCCGGGCUCCCAUUCGACUUCCUGAGCACGUUUCUGUGCAAGUGGUAGUUGUAAGGAAACGGGAAGGCCUUCUCCAGACGGCUCACGUUACAGAGGAGCUCACGACCACAACAGAGAUGAUGAUGGGAAGAUUUGAACGAGAUGCCUUUGACACCCUCUUUGACCAUGCACCAGAUAAACUCAGCGUAGUGAAAAAGUCUCUGAUCACCUUCGUGAACAAACACCUAAAUAAGCUGAAUUUGGAAGUGACAGAAUUAGAAACACAGUUUGCAGAUGGCGUCUAUUUGGUAUUGCUCAUGGGUCUGCUUGAAGACUAUUUUGUUCCACUCCACAACUUUUAUUUAACGCCUGAAAGUUUUGAUCAGAAGGUCCAUAAUGUUUCCUUCGCUUUUGAGUUGAUGCAAGAUGGAGGGCUCAAGAAACCAAAGGCUCGUCCUGAAGAUGUUGUUAACUUGGAUCUGAAGUCUACCCUCAGGGUUUUGUACAACCUGUUCACAAAGUACAAGAAUGUUGAGUGAUCCUGGAAGCUGCUGAGAUGUUAAUCCUCACAACCUUCUUAGGGGG